GAAUGGAUGACAAUGGAUGGGUGUCGGACAUACCCAGUUCGGGAGGGCCGCGCAGCUGGUUUUCGGGGUACAUGCAGGACGACAACCUCGGUUUCGAAGCCCAGCUGUCCAUGAGGCUGUCGUCUAUGACAUCGGACCCGGAGAUCUGGGCUCGACAUGGCACUCAAUCACCUGCGCACAUGCGUUUCCCGGUUACCUUCUCAUCUGGCAUGGAUGCACCAUCCAGACCAGUUUCGGACCUUGGUACUCGCAUUCGUCCUCCACCUUCGGCAGCGGUGGGUGGAACUGCACAUGGCCCCAUUGACAGUACACGGAUCCUGGUGGCUCCGAGUCUGCAACCUUCCCAAGGCACCUCCUUUAUUCCUCCUCCAGCUCCUGCCUGUAUGCAGCCCCCUUUGGUCAAUCGCUUAUGCAUCGGUGUUGUGGAGAGGGUGUGGGCGAACCUCCGCACUGUUGCGGGUGGUGUCGUUGAAGACGUGCAGAGGAUGCCGCAGGGCAUAGGUGCGUCCCCAUCAGCAAGGGACCAUGGAGACAUGACCGACCGAUGCAGUCCCCUCUUCGCAGACGUCGUGCGACGGGGGCGCAAUCCAUCACCCACCAUGCGACACGCGGAAGAAGAGUCACAUCCGGCAGUGGCGGAUGCACGUGGACGAGAGGCCGGACGACCAAGCGGGAGGGGAAGUGUUGGGGGACGGUUGCCUGAAACUGGCAGUGAAGUGGAUACAGGUGAUGAUGCCAUGCAGCCCGAGGGAGGCGAAGUGACAAAGAAGUGGAGAACCAGGCCAUGGCCGCUGGAGGAGCGCAUUGAUUUGGCGACGUUCAUGAAGAGGGACAACGCCAUGAUGACUGUGGCGUCUGGUCGGCUGAGCCACGUGAGAACAUCAGUGAAAAACGAGUGGGUGUCCAAGAAGAUGAAGGCGGAAGGUUGGAUCAGCAUGCGACGCGCGGAAGAAGAGUCACAUCCGGCAGUGGCAGAUGCGCGUGGACGAGAGGUCGAACGACCAAGCGGGAGGGGCAAUGUCGGGGGACGUGUGCCUGAAACUGGCAGUGAAGUGGAUACAGAUGUUGAUGCCACGCAGCCCGCGGGAGGCGAAGUGAUAGGGAAGAGGAGAACCAGGCCAUGUCCGCGAGAGGAGCGCAUUGAUUUGGUGAGGUUCACGAAGGACAACGCCAUGAUCACAGUGGCGUCUGGUCAGCUGAAACACGUGAGAAGAUCAGCGAGGAACGAGUGGGUGUCCAAGAAGAUGAAGGCGGUAGGUUGGAUCAGGUCAGUGAGGAACGAGUGCGUCGAGUGUGUGUCCAAGAAGAUGAAGGCGCCAGGUUGGAUCAGGUCGGCGGAAGACUGCAGGAAGAAGUGGUGCGACCUCAUGAGCAAGAUGAAGGACAUUCUGCACAAGUGUAACACAUCGGGGAAACCCUCAUAUUGGGAGAUGAGCGUCGAAGACAAGAAAAGGGAGGGAAUCUCGACGACGUUUAAGCAAUCGUUGUGGGAGGAGAUGGAGUGGGCACAUCGAAAGUCGUCAGUCGCUCGCAACAAUACCAUGGCAUCAUCAAACUUGCAGGGUGCUGAAAGCAGUGUUUCCGAUAAGCAAACACCUGUUGGGCAUGGCUCGUUAGAAGGUGGGAGCCAUACUCGUUCAAAUGUUGCAGAAUCGGUGGGCUUCCGAAAGAAACGGGAUGGGGCAACGGGCAAAGAGGGUGCUAAUGAUCACCUGCCAGUGUCGUCUAUGGAGAGGGUUGUGCUCGAUUCUAGUAUGGUGGUGCGUGAAGGGAUGGACAUGGCAGCAAGCACUCUUGCCAGGGCAAGCACAGAGGGUGCGAACCUGGUUGCAACCCAAGUUGGCGCAGUUGCAAGCGCCAUUAAGGAGGGAAACGCCGUGUUGCAACUGUUGGUCUGCGUCAUGGCCGACCGCCGAAGGGAAUGCGGGGUGGAGACCCCGAGGACGCCAGUCCGUCGAGCCGGUGAUACAUGCAUGGGGGACCACAACGUCACACAGAGAACUUCGAACGAUUUAACAAAGAAAAAAAAAAAAGACUGGAAACGAACGAGGGAACAGGGCGGCGGAUGCACCAUGAAAUGAACCGAGGGGUUUGUUUCAUGGUGCAUCCGUCGCCCUGUUUCCUUGUUCG